AUGGUUAUAAUGAAAAAUAUGGACAUCUCGAACUCAGAUUCAAGUUCAAUUAACUGCAACCUGCUCCAACUGACCUCAGAAGAGCACGAAAAGGUAGCAUUCACUUAGUUUUACAAAAUUCUAAACAAUUCGAGGUCCAAUAACUUGUCAAUUUCUGAUCUAAUUUCCCAGUUACACACUACAAGUGGGGCUGGCAGAAACCAAGAUUCUGAAUCAUGAAGCUGCAAAUGGACAAUUGUUCCUUCAUUAGGUAAUUGUAAUUUAGUUAGCGGAAGACCAUUAGCUCGAUGGGGAUGUGCAGCUGCUAAAAUUGAAGGGAAAUUGUAUCUUUUUGGCGGGAGAGGGACCGAUUCAAAGACCAGAAGUUCGUGCCACGUGCUUGAGCUUGGCCCGAAAAUGUUUUUUUCAAUGAAAACUACGAAUUUGCCUAAGCCCAGGGAAGGGCAUUCUAUGAUUCCUUACAAGCAGCAGCUUAUUGUGUUUGGAGGAUGUGAAGGUGGAGAAGGCGAAACUGAGCCUUACAAUGACGUCUGGGUGCUAGAUAUAAACACCAAAUCUUGGGAUGAAUACAAAACAACUGGAGCCAAACCAACUGGGAGAGAUGGACACGCUGCUGGAGUGAUCCGAAGCCAAAUGAUCAUAUAUGGAGGAAGUGGCUCUCAAGGCCUUUUAGAUGAUAUUUUUUCUAUGAAUCUGAACACUUUUGAAUGAAAAUCUUUGAAAUGGCAAGGAGAUCACCCAGGCCAUAGAGAAUCCAUGGGUUUUGCCUCCACUAAAGACAGACUUUGGAUAUUUGGAGGAAACACCAGCCACCUUUCCUCUGAAGUCGACGAAUACACCAAUGACUUUUUUGAAAUUGAAAUAAAAAAUGAUGCAGCAAUUUGCAGACGCAUAACCAGCGAUAAUUGUCCACCAAAAAGGCUUUCCCACUCAAUGUCUCCUUUAAAUGUAAAUUUUCUUAUAGUUUUUGGAGGAGAAUGUUCUACGAAAGGUGCAGUAAGCGAUAUAUGGGUUUAUAGCAUUGAAAGAAAUGCGUGAAAUGAAAUUAAGCCUAUGAAUUAUAUUCCUGGAAGAAUGGCUCACUCAGCUGCGACUUUUAAAAAUUCACUUUUUAUAUUUGGAGGAAUGGGGAAUGAAAAAAUUGCGAAAAAUGAAAUGGCUGUGUUGUCCUUUGGGAAAAGCAAAAUUGAACAAAUCAAUAAUAAGCCUGUCAAAAAACAGCUGCAAAGUCAUAUGUGCGCCCUUUGUGGCCAUUCUCAGGGCACAUGCGAAUUUUUGAAAAGGUUUCCUGAAAUAGGGUACCCAAGAAUGAACUUCUUCUGCAAGGCAAGUAUCCCGGUUUCUGCUAUUGAAGGGAUGGGGAAAGAAUUUUUAAAUGAUUUUAAUGCGCUUUCGAAAAUAUGUGAUAUUAUAGGAAAAGGGGUAGUUGGAAUUAACUCUAGAGGGACUGUGAAUAUGAGGAAAGGCAAAAUUAUUAAAAUAAUUCCGAAAGCUGAGCCGAUGGAUUUUGAAUUUUUGCCUGAGAAUCAAGAGGAUGGAGAGUUCGAUAUCAGACAAAAAAUGCUGAAAUCGUGGGACUCUAGCAAUUUGGAUACAAAAGUGAUGGUUUUAGAAGUCUCAAGCAAGCUGGAGUUAAAUCCACAGGAAGUAGGAAAUUAUUGUGUUGGGACUAGUGGAAAAAAUUUAUUGGUUCCAAUGAUGAAGCUUUCACCAAUAGCAAUAAUUUUUAGCAGAACAGAAGAAUUCUUAUCUAUUGCACUUAUUGAAAAAACAGACCUAUAUGUCCCUUGCUUUUUUAUUGUGUUUGACAAGCUAAACCAGCCAGUAUACCCUAACAAAGAUAUUUCCCAACCAAACUUAAUGAAUAUUCUUAACAGAAGCCACUUUAACUACGAUUCACUUUUCCCUAAAGAAAGAGGUACCAAAAUUUACCUCUAUCCCCAAGAAUUUUCACUACGAAAUCAUGAUAUAACCUGCAAUUCUUUUUCCCUUAUACAAUAUUUUAUGUACAAGUUCUAUAAGCCUCCUUUCCCUCUCCGGUUCGUUAUAAAUUCCCAUGAAGUAGCUUUUAUUGAUGUCCAUAAAUUACAAUUCACAGAAACUCUCUUGCAUACCGACUAUAAAAUCCAAAGAACUUCAGGGGUUCCAAAUUUUAAAGUCCUUAUAUAUAGAGAAAGCGCUUUAGUAUAUUGGGAAGCUGUCGAAAACCUCCAAAAUGGACAAAAAAGACCUCGAGAAUCCGACACCUGGAUUAUCAAGUUACUAAACAACUACAUGAUCUCAUGUAUAACUGGACAAUUCAAAUGGAGAAAACCAGCUAUGUUUAUGUUCGCUGACCUAGGGAAGUAUUUGAAAAAGGCUAAACUUUCUGAUAACUAUUAA